AAAGAGCUGGUGUGAAACAAACCAAGACUUGGGAGCAACUAUUUUGGGACUGAAAGACAGCUGAUAUAGUAUUUCAGAAUCAGAAGUAACAACAGCCAGUGAAGAGUACUCUGCAAAACUAUUUGUCAACCUCUACCAAAACAGUGAUCGAAACUAUGCUCCAGCUGAAGCCUUUAUCGCUUGCUCUUAUCCUUUUACUUGCACAUACGAUGACUGAAACUGAAGCCAAACCCAUCUCAAAGAGACAUGUUCGACGUGAUUGGCUGGUUAUUCCUGAUACAAUUGCAUUCAAUAUAUAUUCAUUAGUAAAUGAAGUGUCACCUAAUGCAGCCGAGUAUUUGUUUAAUGCUACCCAAACACCAGAUAUUCUUAAAGUAAGGAACUUCCUGAUAAGAGAAACAACUAGGCUCAGUAUACUGGCUAAACGAGUGGAAAAGACAUUAUCUAAAUUAUGGAAAGAAUCUUAACGAAUCAACACAGUGAUAACACCUACAUGAAUCUGCAAAGUAUAUCCUUGUGUUUUUGUGCAUACAACAGAUCUUUAAAAAAUUGCAAAGGGAAAUCUUUGUGAAGGACACUGAGAAAUAAAUAAGCUACACUCAGCAGGAAAAAAUUAUAAAGCUGCUUUCUUCAUAGCAAUGUUACUUGCUUCGGCUAUUGGAAAUAAUCACAAAAGAACACUUACUUCAUUAACACUUGAUUCCUGUGUUUGUGUGUGUGCUUGCCCAUCUUUUACAGUUAUGGCAAACAUUCCAUACAUUUGAAUGAUUGGGGUUCAUGAAAGCUUAUCCCUGGCCAUGGUAUUGCUAAACAAAUCUGUCAACUUUAUAAGAUGUUAUCAAUCUUUUGUUGGCUUUGUGGCAAAUGAGCAAAUGGCUAACCCUCAGGAAAUGUAAAGGAAAAAUAGGUAGUGCCUAGUUUCUAGGUAGCAUCCCAACAGGCAAGGAGCCCUGUGAUGAGCUGCGACACAGAAAAAGAGCAGAUUGAAGACUCUUCUGCACAGCAGCCUUAAUCAACGGUGGGAUUCAAUUUUUUUUACUACUGUGGGUGUGGCUUUGUGGGCGUGGCAGGGGAAGAAUACUGCAAAAUCCCCAUUCCCUCCCCACCCUCCUAACCUGUUUUCUAGCUCCAUUCUCUGGUUCAGGGCAACAAAAGAAGAUCGGCUGGGAGGCAGCAGGGUCGGGGCCAGCCUAUUUGACGAUUCUUCAAAUUACUCAAAAUGUCCACUACCGGUUCUUCAGAACCUGUCUGAACUGGCUGAAUACCACCUCUGGCAUUAAUGCACUUGUUUCUCAUGCAAAACAAUUAGGAAAUCCCUGCCCAGAUUUCAUCCUGUAUCCUAGCUUUGGCAACAAGGCUGUUCAGACAUGCAUUACCAUGAUCCCCAAUUGGCCAAUUCUUUAGCAAGAAAGCAAGCACCCAUCACUUUUCUAUCCAAGGGCAGGUUGUUAAAGCUAUAUGAUUUCCACUGAUACACUUCUGUAUGAAUCUUCCUCUACUGACUCCUCCUUGUGCUUUUCAUAUCCCUCCAUGAACCAUGAGGAAAAGAACCCAUUCUUUUACUUUUCUUGUCACGUAAGCCAGAAGGAGAAACUGGCAGAACUCUUGUCAACUUUACCUCAGAAAGACUAAACCAUCAUUGGGAGGGGGGGGAUGAUUCUUUCACAAAGGGGCAGACACUCCAAAAAUGGCCAUAAAGGGUAGCUUCCAAUAUCCAAGAGGAUGAGAGAUAUUCUUGCCAGCACACACAGUGGACCUUUGGAGCAGAAAUGUUUGAAAUGAAGUGUUGUGAACAAACCACACAGUGUCACUUCUGGCAGAAGAAGUCAGCAAUACUUUGUGUGCAGAGCAAGAAAGUACCAGAAGCUACAUCACAGUAGACCAGGCAAUUGGAGCCUUAUAUUAUACAUGAUGAUCUUUGAGAAAGAGCUUAUGGACUAUCUUUUUGUGAGGCAGAGAGAACAUGCAGAUGAACCAGAGUGAGAGAUAAAGAAGGAACAGGAAAAAAAUUAAUUGGCAUCUCUCUGUCCCUUGUGCAUGUACGUUGGGACAUGCAGAAAGAUCACUGUGAUUCAAAAUACACUUUCAAAAUUGUAUUUGUUUCAUUUAUAUUCUGCCCUUCAUUUAAAGAUUGCUUCAUAUAUUAAAUGUCUUUUAAAAUAUGUUUAA